CAGCUCUCUCUCCAUCCCUCCUUUCUCCCACUUCCUCAUUCCUUCUUUCCUCAGCCCCCUCUCUCCUUCUUCCAUUCUUUCUCUCUCCUUCCUUCCCGUUAGUCCUCCUUCUCUGACUCUCUAUCCCUCCCUUCCUCCGGCCUUACUUUUCUCCUCGUAAACCAUUCCUCCAUUUCUGCCCCUUUCUCUCUCUCCUCCUCCUCCUCUUAAACUCUCCUUCCUUCCCUGGCACUCUCUCUAUCCCUCCUUUUCAUCCUCUUAAACUAUCCCUCCCCUUUUCCUCCACCCUUCCUUCCCUGACCCUCUCUCUAUCCCUCUCUUUCGUCCUCUUAAACUAUCCUUCCAUUCCUCCUUUUCUUCCAUCCCUGACACUUUCUCUAUCCCUCCCUUUCAUCCUCUCAAACUAUCCUCCAUCCCUUCUUCCCUGCCCCCCCAUUGCCCCCGUCCCCACUUCCCUCCCUGCUCCCCGCAGCCCCGGGGGGAGGAUGGCGUCGUCUCCGGCGCCAGCCCUGCCGGAGUGGAAGCUGCAGCUGCUGGAGAGGAAGCGGAAGGAAGAGGAAGAGGCGCGGCGCAGAGAGCGGGAGCAGCAGGACCGCAUGGCCAAGAUGCCAGCCUGGAAGCGGGAGAUCAUCGAACGCCGCCGUGCCAAGCAGGGCUCCGGGACCUCCUUCUCGGACCCGGAGGGCGGUGGCGGUGGAGCAGGGCCCCCCUUGGCUGUGGCGGGGCCGCCCGGACCUGAGAUGGGCCAGAAGGAGAGCACCGUGCUGCAGGAGAAGAUUGGCCCAGUGCACCAGAACCCCUUCAUCCAGCUGGAGAAAAGGCGCAAGGAGACAGCGGUGCCGGAGGCCGAGGCGGCCAGCGCCAAGGCCAAGCAGUUGAUGGAGCUGUACAGCCAGCGCCCUGGGGUGAGGACCCUACGGGCCGACAACGUCAUCAUCAUUGAGUCGGUGCCGGGAGCAGCGCCACUGGGGGCCGAGCGGCAGGGGGAGGCCAAAUCCGGCAGCGUGGAAUCCCUGAACGAGCUGCUGGCCCGGCGCGGCGGGAGCGUGACCGAGAUCCGGGCCGGCGAAGUCUUCAUCGUCAAAUCGGCCCUCAGCCGCAGCGUGGAAGACCUCAACUCCUUCGGCCAAAGCCGCGGCGAGGCCGAUUGCCGGCCGGGGCUCCCGGAGCAACGCCGCGGGCGUGUCAGCAAGCUGCUAAGCCGCUUCGGCCAGGAGGACCCACCCCCGCGACCGCUCAGGUCCCUCAGCACCGAGAACCUCGCCGAUGGUUCCUACGAACGCCCCCUGGCAGCAAGGAAACCGCCCGGCUCGGCCCAGCACCGUAGUGGCACACCCAGCCCUCCCCGCGACCUGCCGGGCCUGACCCCCUCGCCGCCUCCCUUCACCGUGGCUUCCUACCGCAGCCAGUUCAAAGCCAGGUCCGAGGCCUGGCCAGAGAGCCCACCGCGGCGCUCGCCCACCGGCAAAGCAUGGGGCAGGGAGGCCGCCUCGCCAGAGAGGGGAGCCAGGCAUGAUGGUGGCAGCCCUGGCACAAUGGUGCCGGGCCCUCGGAGCAGGGAGGCCAAUUCACCGGACAGGGGAGCCUGGCACAGUGGAAGCACAUUGGCUGUGGUGCCAGGGCCUCAAGGCACAGAGGCCGCCUCGCCAGAAACGGGAGCUAGGAGUGAUGGCAGUGCCAUGGCCCCAGGACUGCGAGGCAGGGAAGCCGCCUCACCAGAGAGGGGAGCCAGGCCUGGUGGCGGUGCAUUGGCGGUGGGGCCGGGCCUACAAGCCAGAGAAGCCGCUUCACUGGAGACAGGAGCCAGGCCUGGUGGCAGUGCAUUGGCAGUGGGGCCGGGCCUACAAGCCAGAGAAGCCGCCUCACCAGAGAGGCGUGACGCUGGUGGCGGUGGCUCAGGUGCGGUGAUACUGGGCUCGCUGGGCAGAGACAUCACCUCUCUGGACAGAGGUGGCAGGGGGGACAAUGGAGACGCCUCAGCCUCAGGCCUGCCCGUCGACACCAUAUUGGAUGCCGAGGCACAGGCCAAAGCCGUGGCCAGCCUGCGCCUCCAUUCGCGCAACUCCUUCGUGGUGGUGCCGCGCCGGGCGGCCGCCUCCCCUCCCCCAGACCCUGGCGAGGCUCGGCAGGAAAUCAGCACUUCUCCUCCAAAGGCUGCCGCUGCUCCGGCCUCCACUUCCUCCUCCUCCUCCCCCAGCCGUGAGCAGCUUCCCCUCCCGGCCAGCGCCGAGGAGCCGGCCGAGGGGGAGGCCAUGAGGCGCGGGGGCCGGGGGCCCCGGGAGCUGGGGGGCCCCUCCGCCCUGCCCCACCCGGCCGUGCAGCGCCGGAGCGGCAACACCAUCACCAUCAAUCCCCGCAAGGCACCGGUGCCAGCCGUGGAGAACGGCGUCGAGGGUGAGGGGGGCCCCGCGGCGCCCGAGAAGGCAGCCGGCGCCCCACUGAAGAAGCGCUACCCCACGGCGGAGGAGAUCCAGGUGAUUGGGGGCUACCUGUCCCUGUCGAAAUCCUGCCUGGCCAAGAACGACCCCCACCGCAAAAAGUUGAAGAUCUCGUUCAGUGAGAGCCAGCUGGAGCGCACCUUCCAGUACCCGUCCGAGGGGUCCCUGCUGGAGGAGUUUGGGCCCCCCGAGGAGUCGGACGCGCCGGCCUGUGCCAACCCCCACGGGGAGGACGACGAGGAAGAGGAGGAGCUGCUGCUACUCCAUCGCGGCCUGCCGGGUGUGCUCAGGACCAAAUCCCUCAUCGUGGAUGAAUCCUGCAGGCGGUAACCCCGCAGAACCCCCCCUCAUGGUGGGGGGACGGGGCGGG